AUGAGCCAGAGGCCCAAGAGAAGGUGUGUGGAGGACGCCAUGAACCGCGUCCGGGAGGUUCUCGAGUGGGAGCAGCUGGAUGAGCGCAGCGCGCAGUUCCGCUCCGUCGCACAAGCGCUGGAGGCGGAGUUCGAGCGGGAGAGGCUCAUGCGGAGGACUUGUCCGGAGAUUCUACAAGAGGAUACCAGGGAAAAUAGCAACGACGACGAUGAGGAUGAGGGGGAGGAAGACAGCGGCGCCAGCGAGGUGAGCUUCGACUCGGACUGGUACCCCGGGAAGAAGGGGGGUGGUUUCUUCCGGUAUGACGAGGAUGGUGAGAGCGAAGCAGAGGACGAAAGUGAAUCAGAAGAAGCCGAUGAUAUUAUCAUCAUUUCGGAUGAGCUUGCAGACGACAUCAAAACGGAAGAAAUCAGCGAUGUCGAUACAGACAUCCUUAGUGAUACCGAUACGGAAAACCUCAGCGACACCGAGACGGUCGUUGACUGCAACACUACAGAAAUCACACAUCCUUUCUCUCAUGAAGGCUCCAUUGCAUCCUCGAACGGUCCCGCAGAGAGGCAGGCACUCGAGGCCGAUGGGGACAGCUUCUUGUCCUCGCUGGGAGUAACAGGGAACGCCACCGCCUGCGAGGAUGGCGGCCCGCUCGAAGUGAUGAGCAGGUCGUGCUUGGAAGCGCCCGAGCCGUGA